GACCACAGUGUGCUUGCUAGCCCGCUGUUAGGUGCGUCCACUUUCAGAGGAUUUCUCAAGUAUGUUUUCUUUCUUUUUCAUCCGGAUCGUAUGUAAAAAUGGAAUCGUUUCGGUCUUGUGAAGUGCAGUUUAGAUAAUGCAGACCCGAAUGUACACAUCAGCUUCUGUUUGUGACAACUGUGCACGGGAUGUCAGAUUCUGAAGUAAGAACAGGCAAUAAAGAUGACUUCCUGCCACCUUUGGUACGACUAGAGAAAUGUUCACAGUCUAUUAGCUUCUUUGAUCGGAGGAUGGUGGGCCGCCUGGUGCUGGAAACGCUGCCAGCGGUGGCUGACGACCCUGCGGACGUGGCGAGCGUUAUGGCCAUCAUCGAGAAGGUCGCCACAGACUGUGCUGCACCUGUGCGGGCCGAGCUCAUGACACAGGUGCCACACAUUGCUAUGCUCUGCCAUGAAGAUAAAAACAGACUGCGCUCCCUUGUGUUGGACCACCUCUUACCAUUGGUUGUCAGGCACCUAGGUGACAAUGAUAGUCUGGUCCGCAAGAUGUCACAAGCCGCAUUGCUCUUGCUGGUGAAACAGGAUCUGGUGGGGCAAAGCGAAGUAGAGCAGAAAGUAUGCCCUAUGAUACUUAAGCUGACAGAGAUGGGUCACCCAGUGGAAUUCCACACUGGAGCUGUUGCGCUAAUGAGCAAGAUGGCACGACUGAUUGGCCGCAGUUCCACAGAGCGGUUGUUCCUGAGUCAUUUUGCUGCUGCAUGUAGUGAUCCAGUAUUCUAUGUUCGCAAAGCGUGUGCUGCUAACUUUGGUGAAUUUUGUGCCGUCAUUGGAACAGAAUCUACUGAAAGUGUCCUUCUUGCUCGGUUUUUGGACCUGUGUGGAGAUGAGAUAUGGGGAGUGCGCAAGGCAUGUGCAGAGGUUUUCAUGUCCGUGUCUUGUACAUGCACUUUACAGACAAGAAAAAAGAGUCUUGCACCUGUGUUUGCCAACUUGCUGGUUGACCAAUGUCGUUGGGUGCGCUUGUUUGCCUAUAAGACCCUGGGACCUUUUAUUUCAACAUUUGCAGAUCCCAGUAUCAUAAGAUUAUCCUAUAAUCAAAAUGGCAAGCUUGUGAUAUUGGGCCCUGAUGGUUUUGAAUACAGCCAGUUGGUACCCCUUGGUGUGUCUGGCGUUGAUUGUACCAAGUUUCUUCCGGAAUUCAAUUGUGGCCCAGGCACUUUAAACCCAAAUGACACUAAUUACAAUGUAAAUAGAGACAUGGGUGAGAUUUCAAGUCAUGCAGAUGAAAGCAGCGAAGAUACUGAAAUGUCUGUGAUAUAUGAUUAUUUUGGUGAUGAAGAGUCAAGUUGCUGUGAUGUAGAGAGCGGUGUGAAUUCUUUAGUGCAAUGCUCAACAGUAAAUAAAUGCAUAUCGGUUCCAAGUGCGUGUGAUGAGAGGACAGUGGGCACUGAUGCAUAUUCGGUGGUCGAUAACAUUUCUGAAGUUCGAGUAAGAGAUACUGUGGAAGGAGAGUGUGUUAAAGAGGAGAUUGCAGAGGUAAGAUGGGCUCCAGAAACAGGCUUAACAGUAGAAGAAGGAUGUCUGAGUGAUGAAAGCUCUAGUACCUCAGAAACAGGUUUAACAGUAGAAGAAGGAUGUCUGAGUGAUGAAAGCUCUAGUACUGGAGAACAGAAUACAAUAGGGAGUUCAGGACAGAUAGUAGAGACUGGCUCCAGCAACCCAAACCUGCAGCAGCUGUGUGUAAGUGAGUCGGAAGACCAGGCCCACAUCCAUGUAGAAAGCAGCACUUUAAACAGCGUAGAAGCUUUUAAUACAUUCCAGUAUUGGCGUGUUCCUAUACCAGAACUGGAGUUAGAUUUCACCUUGGCAGAAACAGACAAAUCUACUGCACAGAAUGUGAGAAAUAAUAUUGUGAAAGAAGCCUUGCGGCAGCUUGCAAAGUCUCGAUGGAAUGUCAACAAGGAUAGAGAUUCUGAGCUGGAGAAUCUGUCAACAAGGCGUGAAGAAUGUUCUCUUCAGUAUCCAGCAGAGGCGCCACACAAUGCACAGAUCUGUACUGCCAGUGUUGCCAUGGUGACUGAGACAGCUACUGUAUAUCACAGCCGGAACUACGAGUACAAGAGGUAUAAAUCUAGGUCAAGUUUUUCAGAGAUACCCUGGGAGGGGUUGCAGCGGCAGCAUUUGAAGCCCAUGGCGACAGUUCAACCCUUGUUACCGCAAGUGAAUCAGGAUAUUGUACCCCAGUGGCUGAUAGAUCACUUCGUGUCCAUGACACACCCUUCACAGGCUAAGAAGACUGACUAUGAAAUAGUACACUAUUGUGCCUUCAGUUUACCAGCUGUAGCUCUCACUCUGGGGCGAGACAACUGGGUUCUGCUCAAGGAUGCACAUGAGACAUUGGCUUCUCACAUGCAGUGGACGGUGCGGCUUACAGUAGCCUCCAGUAUUCAUGAGCUGGCUGUGAUCCUCGGUGAGGACUUGGCAACCAAGGACCUUGUUCCAGUGUUCAAUGGCUUUAUCAAGGACUUGGAUGAAGUUAGAAUAGGUGCCCUGAGACAUCUUGCUGAGUUUCUAAAGCUCCUACGGCCUCCAGAUCGAAAUGUAUACCUUCCUCGCCUAUCAGAAUUCUUGGUGACAGACAAUGAAUGGAACUGGAGGUUUCGUGAAGAAUUGGCAGACCAGUUGUUGGCUGCUGUGUCUCUCUUCACUCCAGAAGACACCAGGAAACAUCUGACUCCCAUUGCCAUCUCACUGUUGCUUGAUAAGGUGGCAGCUGUGCGGCAGGUUUCAUUGUGUCUCGUGACAGAACUCGUGAAGCAUGUGUCUGCAGAUCCACUUUUGCUACGAGGCCUAAUAGGAGAACUCGCAGAAUGGUUUGCUCAUAGUAAGCGAUGGAUCCAGCGCCAGACAUUCGCACUGCUUUGCUCCCAGCUUGUUACGAAGCGGAUCCUCCUGGAGGAAUUGUUCGCACGAGACAUCUUGCCACAUCUUCUGGAUCUCAGCUGGGAUCCUGUGCCCAAUGUACGGCUUUGUGUGGCUCGUACUCUUGCCACCAACAUAAUGGCUCAACAAUUCUUCUCUAGUGCAGAGAAUCCACACCAUGAGGUGCUAAUACAAGUGCUCAAGAGACUGCAGGGAGAUAAUGACAGGGAUGUUCGCUACUUUGCUUCACUGUUUCCUUCAAGUACUGGCAUUGAGGAUAGUUCCACAGCUGAAAAUUCAUGAAGAAACGAAGUAAUAGCCCAUUUGUUACCAAUAAUUCCUUACCUGUUCAAAAUACCUUGACUUCACUUGUUCCCUAUUGUACAAAUUAUGAUGCAAGCUGGGUAGUGAGUACAAUUCCUCUUGCACUUCAAGCUCAAGAUGUACACUAAGUAACAUGUGAAGUUAUUGUAUUUGUGGGAACAGCUAUAUAAGAAAUACUUUAAUACUUGUAUAAGUUUAAUGUAUAUGGUAUGUUUUAGUUCAUAAAGGAAUGAGUUUGUUAAUAAAUUAUUGUUAAAGUA